AUGGAGCUAAUUACCGAUACCGGAAAAGUCUUAAAAGCGUAUCAAAUAAUCAACCAGCAGCUUGUUCACGAAAUCCAGAAGAAAAAGAUAGAAAUAAAGAUGCACGAGGAACGGUACAAUGCAACGAACGAAAUGUUGCUGCAGGAACGCCAGGAAAACAAAGCUCUGCGCGACAUGGUCCGGAAGCUGAAGGACCAGAUGCAAGUAAUAACGAAGGUGAUCGUGUCGGUACAAGAUCAAACGGAGAACGUGUACGAACGUAUCAACCGUCCGCACGAGCUGGCGGAACGAAUGAUGCAGAACUAUACGCCACGGGCCCAGCAAGUGUACGAACGACGCCGAACGGAAAACCCACCGUAUGUGGACGAAUAUGCGAUAGCUGAGGAAAAUGAGACUAGCGUUGUUGUGGAGAACGAAGAUGAGGAAGAAACAAACGCCCAGGGGGUAAACAAUGACACUCAUGCAAACGAAAGCGGUAGUGUGGAUGCGGAUGAAACCUUCGCCUCAAACCGGUCGAGUGAUAUACGAUGUAGCAGCGGUGCACCACCGCUAGCAGUGGGCAGCCCAUUAGUACAGCGACUAAAGCGUCCCUCAAGGAACGCAAGCUUUGAUGAAUCGUUCGAAACGAUCGACCGCGAGCGGGUGUUCAAGCUGUCCCGACACAGUCAGGAACGACGAAAGAUCUAUGCGAACAUAGAGGAAAAUGUGACCGACCUGAAGUCUAUUAGCAGAAAGAGCCGAAUGGAAAUUGAUGAGGAACUUAGCGAAACAUUGCGCAAUCUGUCCCCGGUUAAGAUGGAUGACGUUGGUGAAAAUAUGUCCUGUUCGUCGACUGAAAACGAGAAAAGCAACCAGAUGAACGAGUCACCCCGACCGGACAACAACCGGGGCGGGCACCAAGCGCAACUAAAAAAAAUGGCCAGCGAAUCAAUGCUUUCACGAAUUCAUCGUUCCACAGUGGUUGAUGAAGAUCUCACCGAGGGUAGCAGCAGUAUUAGCCGGGACGAGACUGAAAUGACCGUCUUUAAUCCGGCCGAACUUGUCGCUAGCUGUAGUACACCGGUGGCAAAGGGAUCGACCGGUCAGCAAUCGGAAAAGGAUCGCGCCAAUUUUCCUCGUCGGGGUCGUGGUCGCCCUCGUACCCGGGGAUGUCCUACCAAAGCAAGAAGCGAAACUGAGCUACAUACGCUUGAAAUGAAUCCCGUCGUAGUGUUGAGACCCUUAACGGAGAAAAAUAUACGGGCACACGAGCAGAAAAUGCGACCAAACCGCAAAGCCAGACCAAUUCGAUAUAUAAAGGAAUGUGACAUUAGCGACAGCGAGGAAGGAUCGACGCUAGGCGAAGGCAACACGUGGGAACCAAGUUCGUCGAUGGAAAACCUGUCCACAGUGUCCGGUGAAUCGAAUCGUCCGCGACGAAGAGCAGCACCAAAGAUGCUCCGCGAGCCGUCUUUGAUUAUUAAAUUAAGACGAACCUAA